AUGCUGACAACUAGUACCAUCUCCAUGAUUCAUUGCUUUGUUUUAAUGCUGACCUACCUUUCAUGGCACUUGCUCAAUCAGCACAUGUAUCUUUGUUGGCUGAUACUUCCAUCCUUCACAGUGUCUGUUCAAUGGAAGCGCCUACCAACAAGCAAUGAACCACCUCCUCCUCGGGCAUAUCAUUCCAUGACUUCCAUAGGGUCUCGUUUUCUUUUAUUUGGCGGCUUUGAUGGAAAGAAUACGUUUGGUGAUUUGUGGUGGCUUGUUCCUGAAGAUGAUCCUAUUGCGAAACGAGACUUAGCUCCUAACAUUGAUUCAAACAGCAAACCUAGCGCUGUGACUGGUGAUAACCAGCAAUCCAACCUAACGGAGUCACAAGCUCUGGAGAAUCCAAUAACAGAAUUGGCCCAACGACUGGGAAUUCCACUUUCUGAGGAAGUUUCAGCAAGUUUUGUUGACGAAGUCAAUGAUAAAGAACUUGUGGAAUUGUCAUCUAGGCUUGCUGGUCAAUCGCUUCCAGCUAGUGACCAGGUUGCAUCAAUUCAGGUACUUCGUGAACAUUGGAAAAGUUCUCCGGCAAGCUCACUACAACUGCAGGAACUAGGACCUUUGCUGAGGGACUAUCAACGUCUCAUCCUGCGACGCUAUUCGUAUGGUUUCACUCUUCAGUCUUCCCUCUGCAUCUGCUAUUUGCACACUUAA